CUGAGGGCGUGGCCCGCUCGGGGAAGCCGGUUCGGUGGGUGGGGUUACGGCUGGAAAGCUCUCAAUUGACUGGCUCGUCUUCCCGGAACUUCCUGUGUCCUGAGCUUGUGGAUGGCGUCACUGUGAACCUGAGCAGCCGCGUGAACUUUGGUGAGAAGCUAAUGGGGUUUUUCGGAGCGCUGGGGUGAAAUGUUUGGGGCUCAGGCAGGGCGUGGUGGGAAUGCUGGCUGCGGCGGCUCCGAGGGCUCUGUUCUGCCAACUUCUAGUCCUCUAUCGAUUCCUCGUGGGCGAUCGAACUCCCGGGGUGCCCAGGCCCGAAACCUUGCGGCCACCCCUUAGCAGGACAAUGGCCAAGAACAAAUUAAAAGGGCAGAAGUCCAGGAAUGUAUUUCAUAUAGCUAGCCACAAAACUUUCAAGGCUAAAAACAAGGCAAAACCAGUUACUACUAAUCUUAAGAAGAUAAACAUUAUGAAUCAUGAAAAAGUCAACAGAAUGAACAGAGCUUUUGUAAAUAUACAGAAAGAACUUGCAAACUUCUCAAAAAGCCUUUCUCUUAAAUCUGUGCAGAAAGAGCUGAAAGAGGGUCACUUGAGGAUGAAUUAAGGCCUUGCUGGAAGCAAAGAGAUACAGCCUCCAUGGACCGGAUCUCCAACAGCCAUGCCAAAGCGUAUCUACUGAAUGUUCCAUAAAAGUUGUUUUUGGGUAUAAGCUCCUCAUACCAAAGCCCCUGAUCUAACCUGUUUUCUGAAGGAGACCCCACACCCCGCAAGCUUAUUCACAUACUGUUUGCAGUACCCAAUAAUGCAAGAUGUUCCAGGUGUGCAACAAUUAUCUUCUGAUCAAAGUCUUGUAAAGGCUCUAAAGCUCCUUCAGAAAAAUAAUUCUAUAAUUCAUGGAAAUGUUUGCCACAAAAAUUUCUUCAGGGUCCCAGUCCUUCUAGAAAACAUCUAUUCUGAUGUUUACCCUUGAUAUAAUGAAAAACAGUUGCUUCAUUCUAAUGUUUGCAGUAGAUACAAUGAUUCUACUAGAAUUCCACUAUCAUUUUUAUUUAGCAUUUUGUUGUAUCUGGUAUAUUCAGCCAUAUUCAAACAUUAGGUCUAAGUAUGGACUGUAUUGUAUUUCCAAAGGUAAACAAGGAAACUAGAGGAAUGAAAGAAACUGGGUAGUAGUUUGUAUUCAAGGAGUUUUGGUCUGCUGCGACAUAAGUGUUUUGUUUUUACCUUCCUUCCUUUUGAUUCUUCAGAAGCACCAUGAAAAUGAACCAGCUAACGUUGAUGAAGCGACACGACUAAUGGCUCAGUUGUAAUACAGAGAUAGUGCAUCACAUUCCCCCAAAGAUCAAUAAAGUCAAUGUUUCAUACAA